AAUAAUGUGUCCUCGUUACUUCAGUCUCUAAUCACCUGCAUCCCUGCUCAUUAAAAAACGAAUACAGCACAGUUUGUGCUAUAACAGUGUAAUACUGAAAUUUUGGUUAUCUCUUUCUCUCUGGAUGGGGGAGUAUGCUCUCCUACUGAAAUCAGAGGCUUGAGAUUUGUGAGAGACAGUAUCUCCUAACAGCAGACAAUUUUACCAACAGCAAAAAACGAAGUACAUUUCUGUUCUUGUUAAAAUGGAGACCAGAACGGCACAAAAACAAGAAGCUACCACUGCGCUUUAUUUAAAUGAAAGUGCACCAAACAUUACAACCACAGAUGCAAACUUGUGCAACAGCCUCCAGUGUUACAUGGUCCUGACCCCACCAGAGAAGAAAGCUAUUGGCACAAUCUGUUUGCUAGCCGGCCCUAUGACGUUCCUGGAGAACGUUUUGGUCCUGUUGAUCAUUGCAAGCUCUGCCACUCUGCGCAGACGGCCAUCGUACCUGUUCAUCAGCAGCUUGGCACUGGCCGACACCUUUGCCAGCUGUUUCUUCACCAUCAGUUUUCUAGAUUUCCAUCUUUAUAGUCAGAACGACGGCCCUAAUAUCUAUCUGUUCAAGCUGGGUGGUGUCACAAUGGCGUUCACAGGCUCUGUGGGAAGCCUGUUGCUGACAGCGCUGGACCGUUAUCUCUGCAUCUACCAGGCUUCCAAUUACAAGGUGCUACUGACACACGCUAAAGCCAAGCUGGCUAUUGUAUUAUUAUGGUGUGUCACAAUUAUAAUUUCAUUUCUUCCUCUGAUGGGUUGGAGGUGCACCACCAAGUUUGAUCCUCCUUGCUCCCAUCUCUUCCCUUAUGUGGAUCGUCACUACCUGGCCUUGUGGACGGGCCUACAAUUUGUGGUGCUCUUUCUUAUCAUAGUGGCUUACGUUCUCAUCCUGUGGAAAGCAAAUCGCCAUGAAACAGCUAUGGGUGGACCAAAGUUGGGGAGGCCCACCGUGAAAGGACAGGCACGAAUGCGAAUAGACAUUCAGCUCGCACGUACCUUCAGUCUGAUCCUCCUAAUCCUUGCUGUUUGUUGGCUGCCUGUCCUGUCCUUUAUGAUGGUGGAUGUCACAGUGACCCUUACGAACAAACAACAGCGAAUGUUCGCUUUCUGUAGCACGCUCUGUCUAGUUAACUCGUGCGUAAACCCGCUUCUAUACGCUCUACGCUGCAAAGAGCUGAGAGGAGAAGCGUUCGCAUUGUUAGCAUGUUGCAAAGCAUGCAGGGAACGUACUUUGGCAAACAUUCUGGGCCAACGAAAUGAAAAUGGUUCUGGCAUUAGCAAAAAGAGCAAAGAUCAGGCUGUUAGUGAGAGUAACCCAGAUACUAUUUCUGAAAGCGUAGACAAGCAGUAAAACAGCAUAUAAAUAUUAUUUAAAGUCCAAUUCAUAUUAGCGGACCAGUGGCACUUAAGAGGUUAAUGAUUCACCAACUUUUAAUCCAUUUGAAGUACAUCACAAAAUGUAGUUCUUCAGGAUUAGAUUUUAGGUUAGCAUUCAUUGUAUUAAUACUGUAGAAUGCAGAACAUGUUGUUUUAUCAUAAGAAUACAGGCUAUAAAAUAAACAGCAUUAAAAAUGUGGGAAAUAUAUAAAAUGAAGAAGGUUUGCAUACUAACAAGAACUUAAGAACUUUAACACAUUGAAUUGUACUGCUUGAAUUUACUCAUUAUAAAUAGUAUUGUGUAUGUAUUUAGAAGGAGAAACAAGGAUAAUUUAUCAUACACUUUAAGAAAGGCAUUAGCUAUUAGCUAUUAUUUUGUAAAGAGGAUGUGCCAAAAACGCUUUGAAAGUGUAUUUUAAAAGUGUCUAAAAUAUUUUGUUUUUUUAGGAACAUACAAUAGGUCUAUUGUGAAUAGGUGGCUAUGUGACCAGCUGUCCAUGUAAAAUGCUGUUUCUCUAAACACCUUUCUGCAGUGAAAUAAAACCUGUUAACAGAACAACUGACUCAACUGCUACAUUUUGACCCAAGCUUAAAAGACGCCAAAACAUAUAUAGAUUACACUGUGAAAAUUGAUGACUGUUACACUGUUUUGCUUCACCUUUUCAAUAGAUUGUAAUAAGCUGUACCUUUACUACAUUAUUAAGAGUAAUUGUUAUGAUACAGUAAGUAUAUGUUGGAAAAACCGCUAUAAAUGCAAAGUGCUAUUUAACUGAUGUUAUAUUAACUUCUUAUCUUGUAUUAAUUUUAAUUUGAAGAUAAGUUUUAAUGCAUUAUUGUAUGUUAAACCGAGUACUAUAUAAAAUGCUGUAUGUCAUAACUAUAAAAGUACUGCUACAUUGUUUAAGAAAUGCAUACUUAAACUUUUAUUGUCAUCAAUAAAAACACAU